AUGUCUGACUGCGGCGCUCCAGCCUCUGCCUCCGUCGAUGUAGACCAUGGUGAUGGCCAAGAUGGCCUGAACAUACCAUGCCCACCGUCGAAGGAGCAGGACUUCAUUGAGUCAUUCUCUCGUCGGCCGAGCUUCAUGGAUCACCUAGCGGACUCACGAGAGUCACAGUUUCACGUUCAAGACAGAAGCGAGUUGGAGCGGUACUUUCAUGGGCCUCGAAAUAUGACACGACAUUCAAAAUGGCCAACAGUCAUGAGAGUUCAAGGGAGUGUGAUGCCUCAAAUGAUUCUACCACUAUUGCUUGUCGGGGGCUGGGCCACGCUCAUUACCUGUAUUUCUCAUUUCAAACAUAAUCUUGGUAUUAAUAACAUUCUUCUUACUGUGCUGGGCUUCGUUGUGGGUUUAUCAUUAUCCUUCCGUGGCUCGACUGCAUACGAAAGAUGGGCAGAUGGACGAAAGUACUGGGCCGGUCUUAUUCAAACUUCGCGUAAUCUGGCCCGCAUAAUCUGGGUACACUUUGACGAACGAGAAGGAGAGGAGAAUAGCAAGGUGGAUCUUCUGAGAAAGCUAUCAGCUCUGAACCUCAUUCUCGCCUUCGCCGUCUCCUUGAAACACAAGCUUCGCUUUGAACCUGAUGUCGCCUAUGAGGACUUGGCAGGCCUCAUUGGCCAUCUGGAUACGUUUGCUCUUGACGCGCACGAUAAUAGCGUUGUAUCACCGCACUCCAAAACGCCGUGGAAAUAUAUGGGAGAGUACCUUGGUUUCUCAUUCGCCAAGUCUAACCCCCGCAAACUAGUCAAGCGAUCCAAAAAGCCACUGGGACAUCUUCCAUUUGAGAUCCUCAUCCAUUUGUCUGCCUAUGUUGAAUCGUGCGUCAAAAAUGGCACGCUAUCAUUGCCCCAAUAUCAGGGUCAAGUCAUGACCAUGUUGUCCUCGCUCAACGAAAUUUUGACUGGAACGGAGCGCGUGCUGGAUACGCCUCUACCCGCAGCUUAUAGUAUCGCUAUAUCACAGAUUUCCUGGGUCUAUGUGAUGCUCCUCCCCUUCCAACUAUAUAACUUCUUGCAUUGGACUACAAUCCCUGCAUCUAUAGUUGCCGCAUACAUCAUUAUCGGCCUACUCUUCAUCGGCAGUGAGAUUGAAAAUCCCUUUGGUGAAGAUGUCAACGAUUUACCACUCACGGCAUUUUGUAGCCAAAUUGCCAAGGAGCUUGAUAUCAUCACCGCCACUCCACCUCCGAAUGCUGAAGAAUUUAUGUGCCGUGAAGAGAAUCUGGUUCUAUUCCCCCUCAGUCAGGAUGGUUACCCUGCAUGGAGGAACAGGACCAAGGCGGAUAUUCGUGCUGCCCUGCGCGCCAAGUUUGUCACCAAUCCAGCCGCUGUGGAUGAGUCGAACAUGUCUACUAUGGGAAUGAGUUUCUCAACGAGGAAAACGAUGGAAUCUGUGUAA